UUUUUUUUUAUUUUCAAUAUGACAGAUGAUGAAUUUGAUCUCUUUGGUGAUCUAGAUCCUGAGGAACAAAUACAAGCAACAACAAGACAAAAGUCAAUGCACCAUGACAAUAACAUACGUUUGAAACGGUUACAACAGGAUCCACCCGAGAAACGGACGAUUGCCACGAAUCGCUGGAUCUAUAGUCAAGUCUUCCGUCAACCAUCUCUCCAUCCAUGUGUUUUACCUCAUCUACUUUCACCUGAAGAAUGUGACAAGAUCCUUAGUCAGUUACCAACAUUCACGGAUGAAUGGACAAUGGAUCGACAUUCCGUGUUCCCUACGACAGAUAUCCCGAUUGCGUCUACACCAUCACUGCACUACUUGACUAACUUGCUUCAACAUCGUCUUGUGGAACCUAUUUUAGCACCUACUUAUGGAUUUGCACCCGGUCAACUUGGAUUUCGUGAUUUGUUUCUUGUGUGUUAUGAUAGUUCAGCUCAAAACGGAUUGGCCCCUCAUACGGAUGGAUGUCUUUUGUCCUUUAAUGUUUUGAUCAAUUCACCAGAUGGGUUUGAUGGUGGUGGUACCUUGUUUUUUCUUCCAUCAGAUGAUUUAACAAUAAGACCCAAUCAUCAAGGCGACGCUGUAUAUCAUGACGCUCAUAUCAGACAUCAAGGUCUGGAUAUCACUCGUGGACAACGGAUUGUGCUGGUGGGGUUUGUGGAUACCGUGGAUACCCUUGAAAAGGAUCGAAUUGCUCAACAAUUACCCAAGAGAAGAAUGGAAUAUUAGAUUUGUACAUGAUAGAAUUAGAUAAUAGAUUAUAUUUGAUAUCAUUAGAAAUAAAUUGAGAUUAUAGAAAUUGGUAGAUAAUGUGGGGGUGAUGAAAAAAAAGGAGGAUCAAUGUAUAAAUCAACUGCAUUUUUAAAAUGCUGUAUCAAAAGCAUAUGCUUGAACAACAAUGAUGAUGGAAACUCUCUCAUCAAAUGCAUAUGGCUAGAAAUAGAAAGUGGAUGUUGCACCAAAUCAAUAAAAC